AGGUGAGCAGAUGGGCGUUAACUAACACGGAUUUAGUAAAUGGCGGAAGAGAUUUUUCCUUUGGGAUAAAAGUACUCAUAGUGUGUGGAGAAUAUGUGCGGCUUUGACAAAGAGAAAGGGCCUGGGAGGUUGAUGACUAAAGGACUAACACUCAUAGUUGUCGGUCAUGUCAAUUUCAUUUUGGGAGCCAUCGUUCAUGGCAGCGUUUUACGACACAUCUCUAAACCCAGUGGCAAAAUAUCUACAGAGUACACAGUGUCCAACAUCAUCGCUGUCACCUCAGGACUGCUGAGCAUUGCAAGUGGAAUCGUUGCGAUAUUGGUGUCGAGGAAUAUUAAGAAUUUCAAACUACAUGUGGGUCUGUUGGUGAGCUCCUUCUUAAAUGCUCUGCUGUCUGCAGCCUGCUGCAUUGGGCUAGUGAUGGCCAUCAGCCUCACUAUUUCCGCUGAUGGCAAUGCCCUCAUGCAGGGCUGCAAUAAUACAGACAUGCCCGUUAAUGCUCGCUCGCCCAUCUCUGCCAACUGCCCCUUUGACACUACACGCAUUUACGACACAACUCUAGCCUUGUGGUUCCUGUGCACUCUGCUAUCAGCCAUGGAGUCUGGUCUGUCUGUGUGGUGCUUUAUAGUGGGUCUUACCCUGAGAGGUAUUGGGCCUUGUGCUCAUACUUACCUCAAAGAGCAGCUGGAAGAAGACACCUUGGCACAUACAUCAAAGGUGGAUCCAGAAUUUUCAGCCCCAAGCCAUCGUCUCAUUGCACACCGUUCUGACCAACCAUAGACAGGCAGAUCAAUCAGAAAUCUAAGAUUUGGUGAAACUCUUUGUCUCCAGAAGUUUGAGCUACAAUGUCUUUAUAUCAAUUGUUGAUUUAUAUUAUGGAAAAAAAGAAAUGUGUUUACAACAAUUUAUAGCAUUUAUUUUAAGCAUACAGUCAGGCUUUUGAGCAAAUUUGACUCAAACUUUUUGUUAUAACCAUUUAGAAUAAUUUUUUUAGCUAAAAACAUCUUCUUGUUUUCUUGAGUGGUUCUGUUCAAGAGAUGGUCAAAUCUGGCUAAUCUACCCACAUUAAAUGAAACUAGAAAAACUGUCUUUAUUAUAAAGACCAAAUGUUUAUCAAUUAGGUUACAUUUUUCCAAAGGCUUAAAAAAAGAAAAGUAAUUUGUCAAUCAACCUGUGCUAAUUAUUCUAAUUUGGUGAAUAUACACAAUGACUUUCAUCAUUAAUUUAAACAAGUAAUUUCAAUGUUUCAUUAUUUAUUUACCUAAGAUUUUGAGAAAAGUACAGGAAUGAGAGGAACAUUUCUGUAAGGUACUGAAAUAGUAGUUAUUCUGGAUUAUCUAAAUCUUGUCUAGUUUUAAUAGGAUGAUGAAAAUCUUAGUUUCAGAGUUAAUCCCAUGUGCUGAGAGGGAAAAAUUAAUUACUGUCAGAAUCGUGUGACACUUUUAAAGCAAGUAUGAAGUUUGAUUUAUGGGAUAUAACACAGUGUUUCUGUUGAAGCAUAUGAAAGAUCAUUAAUUUGUAUACAUUUUUAUGUUUUUAAUCAAAUACCUUACAAUUUCUUAAUAAUAUUGUUUACACUCUUGAUACUUAUGUUUAUUUCACUAAUGUUUUUCAUUUAUAUGUUAAAUGAGUUCUAAUAAGUAAAACAAUUAUUGUAUGUGG